AUGGAUCCCAACUUCAAUGGUGUGUGGAGUGCUUCUGAAAUAGAUAUGGUGAAGUUAUUCAUUGCUAGUCACAACACCUACAACACCUACACAAAUGACACAAACAACAAGCACAAUGACAUUGUUGAUGAGCUCCAAGCAAGGUUCCUAGGCAAAGAGAAGCAUCACGUAGUUCAAUUAUAUGUUCAUCUAGUAGUAGAGAUGAAUACAAUGCAGAGCAACAACCAACAAGUUGUGGUGACCAAUGCACUGGUGAAUGAUAACUUUGGGAUGCCGACGGAGGAUACAAACAUGGACAACAUGGACAUGUUUCAUGGCUAUAUAUUGGAUGAUGUGGAGGCCAUGAAGAUGGUAGAGGAACCACCGCACAGGCUGAAUGUUGUUCCUAAGAAAAAGAGGCAAAACCUAGUGAUAGCUUGGAGUCAUGACGAGGACAAGAAUUUCCUCCGUGGCUUAGAAGUGUAUGGCCGUGGUAGCUGGAAGAACAUAUCUAGAUCUGCAGCCAUGCAGAAGUAUUUCCAUAGGAAGGAGUGUACCACUAGAAAACAACGCUUCAGCAUCAAUGAUGUCGGCCUCUAUGACACAGAGCCAUGGGUGCAAAAGAAUUCUUCUCAUUCGGAGGCUCUCGACUUCAGCCACAAUGCUUACAACACAAAUUAUUAUGACUUUGAGGGACAACACACUGUCUUGAACAAACUCGCACAUGCUAGCCAUGUGAGCAGUAGACAAGUUGCCACCUGGACUAGAGGUCAGCAUAUGAUAGGAAGUUCAUCCAUAGAUCCAACGAUGGUGCAGAGUAACUCUCUUGGAUGGGAGGCGCUCAUCUUCACUAGCGAUGCUAAUAACACAAACUACUAUGAGUUUGACGGACAAUAUGAUGCCAUGAACAACCUCGCUUGUGCUAACCAGGCGAACAAUAACCAAGUAGCCUCUUGGACUAGAGGUCAACAAACAACAACUAGUCCUUCUGUAGCUCCAAUGACGGUGCAGAAUACUUCACCUAGUUGGGAGGUGCUUUCCUUCGCCGACAGUGCUUACAACACAAACUACUAUGACUUUGAUGGACAACAAGUUGCCUUGAACAACAUCACCAGAGGGCAACCAUGGUGA